AUGCGGUAUCGAAAAUUUCUGCGAAACGGCAGAAAAGUUUAUUUUAAUCUCGUCAAAGGAAAUUCCACAAAUUUGUUAGAACAAAGCAGGAGGAAAGGAAAAGUACAAAGGGAAUUCAAUGAAGAAAUUCCAUUUUUCUGUGAUAUAAAUGGCGCUGGAAGACGAAGUCAAAACGUUCCAGAGUCAGUUCAUAAAUUAACUCCCGGCGAUAUUGACGUUAUUGGGGCCAUUGGAGAUUCCUUAACUGCUGGAGUUGGAGCUUUAGCAACUACCAUUCCUCAAUUGUUUCUCGAGUUCAAGGGCGUUUCAUGGGCAACUGGAGGUCAAAGCUCAUGGCGACAAUUUUUAACAUUACCCAACAUCCUCAAAGAGUUCAAUCCCAACCUUUAUGGAUACUCCGUUGGCAAUGGAUACUCUCACGAAAAACUUUCCAAAUUCAACAUUGGAGAGUUUGGAGGAAUGUCUCGAGAUCUUCCGCAUAUGAGUCAGAUACUCAUUCAACGAAUGAAAAAUGAUCCCAAAGUCAAUUUAAAUGAACAUUGGAAGAUGAUCAACAUUCACAUCGGAGGCAAUGACUUUUGCAUCGACAUUUGUUACCACAAAGAUCCUUACGAAACUGCCAAACUUCACGAGAAACAUUUGCUCGAAACUCUCAGAACUAUUCGUGAUGCCCUGCCACGAACGAUGGUAAAUCUAAUCAUGCCUCCUGAUGUUUUUCUCAUUACACGAACUUCCGGAUUGCCAAUUGAAUGUAAGUUAAGUCACGUAACUGAAUGCCCUUGUCUCUUCGGGUUUUACGAAGUUUAUGUCGAUCGAAACUUCCAAAUUUUCAAGGGAGUUCUUCAGGAAUGGCGUAACGUGCAAGAAAGAAUUUCAGCUUUGGAAGAAUUCAAUUCAGAUGACUUCACAGUUAACUUGCACAAAUUCACGACGGAAUUGAAUUUGCCUCAAAACGAAAAUGGAGCCUCAGAUUUGUCGUAUAUGUCGAGUGAUUGCUUCCAUUUGAGCCAAAAAGGAAAUGCUGCAGUAGCAACUACUUUAUGGAAUAGUUUGAUGGAUGGGCAUGAUGAGAAAAAACUCACGUGGAAUAAGGAGUUUGAGGAUUUUCGUUGUCCGAGUGUUGAACAUCCGUAUUUGAGAACGAGGAGUAAUUGA